UAGAUAUAGUGAAAGGGUAAUAGACUUUUUGGUAUAAAAGUUGGAAUAAUUUCGUUAGCUUAAUCAGAAUAAACUCAAAGCGUUCAUUGAACAGCUGUGAUCUCUUUUUCUCCUUUUUUUUGCAAACUAAACCCUCCAACCACAAAUCAACAUGAAGUUCGCCAUCUCUGCCGUAGUCAUGUUGGCUCUUGCCAUGGGUGUCCAAUCCUCAAUCUAUGGUGGUCUCCAUGGUCUUGGUUUGGGACUCGGACAUGGUCUGGGACUUGGACACGGUCUGGGACUGGGACAUGGAUACGUUGCAACCGUUGCGCAUCCAGGACCUCUGCUAGCCCAAGGACCUGCUUUGUUGGGUGCUCAUGGUUUGGGUCUCGGUCUUCCCGCUGCGCAUAUUCCCGCCGCUGUUGCCAUUGCCCCAGCACAUGCCGCCAUUGCCCCAGCGCAUGCUGCCAUCGCUCCAAUCCCACUCCAUGGUGCCACCUAUGUGGCUAAGACCCGUGGUGCUGUGCAUACAGCUCCAUUGCCAGGACAUAUCAAUUCGGCAGCUUCAGUCAAUGUUGCUCCAGCUCCAGGAACCUGGUAAUCUGAUUGACAGCAGUCGACCAACAAGAAGAAAAGACACCACCGCCCACCUCUUAUCAUGAUAAGAAAAUACUCAUUGUCACUCUCCUCCCAUUUCGUCAACGUUCUCUCCUCUCGUUUAUAAACUAAAGACACCACAUGCCUUAAUUUUAUCUAUUUAUGUAUAUUUUUUUUAAUUUGUUUAUAUUUUCAUCACAAUCUCAAGUACCUUUAUACAUUUUGUGACUCUUUUGUUCUUUUAGACUCAACUUUUCACCUCUUAUUAGUAUUUUUUCAUUUCAUGUUUAGUUUUGCAACAAUUAUAAGAUUGAAUCAAAUGUAAA